AUGAUUUGGCCGUGGGUGGUAGCUGCUUUGCUGGGGCUCCAGUGUCUUCGUAUGAUUUAUAGGUUAUUCUUUCAUCCCCUUGCCCGGUUUCCGGGACCAAAGCUCGCUGCCGCCACACACCUUUACGGCGCGUACUGGUCGUUGGUCAAAGGAGGCCAAUACACUCUAAUACUUCCAGAACUUCAUCGGAAAUAUGGUACGGGGCCGAUUGUCCGAACCUAUCCCAAUGAAUUACAUAUCCACGAUAUAGAUGCCUAUAACGAAGUUUUCUGCGUCGGCACACAAUUUGACAAGGACCGUCGAUUCUACAAUUACCCCCUUGGGGAAGGAUCCCACUUCAACAUGCUAGACCUCAAGUCUUCCAAGUCACGACGAGAGAUGUUUGCGCCAUUUCUCUCCAAAGCAGCUGUUGCAAGAGGUGAUCCUUUAAUUCAUGCCACCAUCAUGAAGUUCAUAGAUAUUCUGAGAGAAUACGGCAGGGAUAACAGAGUGGUUGAUCUCACAAGAGGCUAUCACUCGCUUACUACAGACCUGAUCAUGAACUAUGGAUGGCAGAGGACAUUUGGGGCGCUCGAUUCCCCAGACUUUACCUAUCCAUCUGUUGUUCAUAUGAAUCCUUUUCUCGUCUCUGCGGUUCUUGUCCGUACAUUCCAUACCCUUCUCAUGCCUAUUGUUACUCUUACCCUGCAAUUUCCUGCUCUUGCAAAGUGGAAUACAAUAUUGGCUGCAGUCUUUCAUCUGCGUACUCAAGCCCAAAACUUAGCUCUAAAUGCCAUUGAACGCCAUAAAUUACCAGAGCAACAGCAUCCGAGCAUGUUUGACCUGAUCUUACAGCCAGAUGCAAAAACAGGUCUACCAGCACCAUCUAUUGAUGAUCUCACCGCCGAGGCCCUGGUUUUCCUAGUUGCCGGAGAGGAAUCGACAGCAAAUACUUUGAUUCAUGGUACUUUCCACAUCUUGAGCAAUCCCCAAAUUAAAAGCAGACUUCAACAGGAGCUUUCCAGUGUAAUACUUGAUGGCCACCCAAUGCCAACUGCAGAGACACUUGAGAAGCUACCUUACCUGAGAGCCGUUGUGAAAGAGUCGCUUCGCUUCUCUCAUGGGGCCCCUGGACGACUCCCGCGUAUCGUACCACCAUCUGGUGCCACACUCUGUGGACAAUAUAUACCCCCUGGAACCGCCGUUUCGCUUAGCCAGUAUGUUUAUAACACUGAUGGCUCGGUAUUUCCAGAACCAAAUACCUUUAGGCCUGAGCGUUGGCUUGGUGACGACUUUAAGCAUCUAGAUCGCCACUUGGUAUCUUUUUCCAGGGGUUCGCGGGGCUGUCUCGGAAUCAAUCUCGCUUAUUCCGAGUUAUAUUUAGCCUUCGCAUAUAUGUUUCACUGUCUCGAUAUGCAGCUAUAUGAAACCACACCUGAUGAUAUGAAAUGGGGAGACUACUUUGCGCCAAUGACAAGAAAGCAUCUGGAAGUAAGGGUUCUCUCAAGUACACAUCUAGCCUCGGAUAAAGCGAGGGUCUAG